AGGUGGUAUUUUUUCGCUCUUCAGAUACGGUAACACUGCGAGUCCACCUGAUUGAGCGAAUUUCAUUUGUUUCGAAACUACAUUAAUUAACAGAUAGUGCGUGCAAAACAAGAACCACAUUGCUGCGAUUUCGUUGGGGGCGUGGCCGCAACAACUCCCCUGCAGUGCAACAACAACGCAGCACGCGGAGUGCAGAAGAAGAAGAGCAGCAAAAGAGGCGAAAUCCGGGGAAAACCCACGAAAUGAAAAGCAACGUCAAUCAGGGCGGUUACGCCCCACCCGGUUUCGGAUCCGGAUUCCAGCCAAACGCUCCGCCCGCCGAGGCAUUCGGCUACCCACCGCCCAGUGGCGCCCACAACGCCCCCUACCCCCCCGUCGCCGGCCAUCCACAGCCGCCGCCGUCCAUGAAUUACGGGUUUACGCCAGGUCCGCAGCAAGCCGGUUACGCUCCAGUUCCUCAAAUGCCGCCGUACGGAGAAGCUCAGCCCUACGGAGCCGGACAACCACCUUACGUGGGUGGUCCAGGUGGCCAGCCACCUUAUGCGGGUGCUCCACCUUAUGGAGGUGGUCCCGGUGGACAGCCACCCUACGGAGGAGGAGCACCACCUCCACAGGCCUUCGGCGGUUAUCCCCCCGGACCAGCAGGACCAGGAGGACCUGCCAACGCAUUCGGCGGGUAUCCACCAGGACAACCAGGACAGCCCAUCGUCACGCAGCCGGGAAUGAGACCGCGGAUUCCAUCACGGGGCGGAACAGCGGGAGAUUGGAUGAGUAUACCUACCGGAAUUCCGAACUGUCCGCGCGGAUUGGAGUACCUUACGACUAUCGACCAGCUUUUAGUUAAGCAGAAGGUCGAGCUGCUGGAGGCCUUCACGGGUUUCGAGACCAACAACAAGUUUAUAAUCAAGAACGCCCUGGGUCAGAAGGUCUAUUUCGCGGCGGAGGACAACGACUGCUGCACGCGCAAUUGCUGUGGUCCUUCGCGUCCCUUCGACAUGCGGGUCUUUGACAACUUCCAGCAGGAAGUGAUCCACAUGCACCGCCCGCUGGCCUGCUCCUCCUGUCUGUUCCCCUGCUGUCUGCAGAGCAUCGAGGUAUCGGCGCCACCCGGCAAUGUUAUCGGCACCAUCGAGCAGGAGUGGUCCAUCUGCUCGCCAUCCUUCCGCAUCCUCAACCACGUGGGUGACACGGUGAUGCGCAUCGAAGGACCUUUCUGCACCUAUUCGAUCUGCGGCGACGUCGAGUUUAAUGUUGUUUCGCUCACUGGUGAGAAGAUCGGCAAGAUCUCGAAGCAGUGGUCCGGCCUGGCACGUGAAAUUUUCACGGAUGCGGACUUCUUCGGCAUCAAUUUCCCACUGGACUUGGAUGUGCGCAUGAAGGCCGUUCUGCUGGGCGCCACAUUCCUCAUUGAUGCCAUGUUCUUUGAGAAAUCGGCAAACCAAGAGAGCGAUAGGCCCGGAAUGCUUUAGGAAUCAGGUGGUGGCUUGUGCGUCGAUUGUUUUUGCGCUUCAACCGAUUGUUGUGGCGACUGUGGAGAUUGUGGCGAUUGCGGCGAUUGUGGCGAUUGUGGAGAUUGCGGCGAUUGCGACGAUUGUGGCGACGAUUAAAUGUUGUGCAUUAUUUUGAGUUGCUACCUUACACAAUUAUCUUCCCGGUGAACAGCCGAGUACAAGUCUUCUGUACCAUACUUGUUGAUGAAAAUGGAUCGCACUAAUGAAACUCCUUCUUUAUUUUGAUACUGAACUGAACAUACUGAACUCAGGCUUCCCUUGUGAGGACAUUGCCAGAAUAUAAAACUAACUUUAAGUUAGCAUUUUUGCUAUUUCGCCUCAUCCACGACUUGUGUGAAGUAUUCGACGAGAAAUCCUUUUUAUUUAUGAAUUUAUAAUUAUGCUCUGAAGCGACAACUAACCAACGAAUGAUUCGUUAUUGAACCAUGUACUUUAAACGGUAUUUUCAGUGUCUUAUGGAGAGAAGAAUAUAUUUAACCUUGUCUAUUGUUAAGCA